CCCCGCCAGCCGCAGCGGGCACGGGGAGUCGGGGCUGCCCGCCUGCCUCCCCCGGGGCUCGACUGGCCGCGGUCCCGCCGCGCCGACCCCUCACGCGGGCGCUCGUAGCUGCGGGUGGGAGCGGGGGCCCCUCACAGCUUCCUCCAUCUUAGCGGCCGCCGCCAUCUUGGGCCCGGCGCACGGGCGGCCCAGCGGGACGAGGGGUGCCGGGCAGGACCCACUCGGCGGGACUGGAGGUAGCGGGCAGGACCCACCCAACGGGACUGGAGGUGCCUGGGCAGGACCCACUCGGUGUCCGGCAGCCCCUGCGGUGACGGGAACACAGCCAGCUCCCGGGGGCCUUCGGCUCAUAUCCCCCCGCCUCCCUCGGGCUCAGGGCCCGCUCCCACAGCAACAGGCUGCCCCCUCAUCCCCGGCCUGUUCCGGGAACUCCUGAGCAGCCCUUGGCACGCUUUGAAACUCUUCGUUUGUCCGCUGGGAACACCCGAGAGGUGCUCGGCACACUUCGGAACUCUACGUGCGCCCACCGGGGACACUCGAGAGCGGCCACCGCCGCCGAUGGGAUUCGGGCAUCUCCGGACAGGCCCUAGAGCACUUCGGUUGUGUCCGGAAUGCGGCCCGGCAGUUCCGGCGGUGGCCGAUAAACAGCCAUUGGCAGCGCCGCGCGGGGCUGGGGUGGAAGUGUGGGCGGGCGACGUCACUUCCGGAGAGUGACGGAGCGGCGGGUCAGAGGCGGCAGCAAAAUGGCGGCGCCUGAGGAACGGGAGCUGACGGCGGAACAGACCGAGAAGCUGCUGCAGUUCCAGGACUUGACUGGCAUAGAGUCCAUGGACCAAUGUCGCCACACACUGGAGCAGCACAACUGGAACAUAGAGGCAGCUGUGCAGGACCGACUGAACGAGCAAGAGGGUGUCCCAAGUGUCUUUAAUCCUCCUCCACUGCGGCCGUUGCAGGUCAAUACAGCUGACCACAGGAUCUACAGCUACGUUGUCUCAAGGCCACAGCCAAGGGGCCUGUUAGGAUGGGGUUACUACUUCAUAAUGCUUCCAUUCCGAUUCACCUAUUACACAUUACUUGAUAUAUUUAGGUUUGCUCUGCGUUUUAUACGCCCUGAUCCUCGUAGUCGGGUCACCGACCCAGUGGGUGACAUUAUUUCGUUUAUUCAUAUGUUUGAGGAAAAAUAUGGGAGGAUACACCCUGUCUUCUACCAGGGAACUUACAGCCAGGCACUGAACGAUGCCAAGCGGGAGCUGCGCUUCCUGUUGGUUUAUCUUCACGGGGAUGACCACCAAGACACAGAUGAGUUCUGCCGCAAUACACUGUGUGCACCUGAGGUCAUCACCCUCAUCAACACUAGAAUGCUCUUCUGGGCUUGCUCAACCAAUAAACCAGAGGGAUACAGAGUGUCGCAGGCCCUGCGGGAGAACACGUACCCGUUCCUGGCCGUGAUCAUGCUCAAGGACCGCAGGAUGACCGUGGUUGGGCGGCUGGAGGGCCUCAUCCAGGCUGAUGACCUCAUCAACCAGCUGAUGUUCAUCAUGGAUGCCAACCAGACAUACCUGGUGUCCGAGCGCCUGGAAAGGGAAGAGAGGAACCAAACCCAAGUGCUGAGGCAGCAGCAGGACGAGGCAUACCUGGCAUCCUUGCGUGCGGACCAGGAAAAGGAGCGCAAGAAGAAGGAGGAAAGGGAGAGGAAGAAGAAGAAGGAGGAGGAAGUGCAGCAGCAAAAACUGGCAGAAGAGAGGCGGCGGCAGACACUGCAGGAGGAGAAGGAGAGGAAGUCGGAAUGCCUUCCUCCAGAGCCCCAUCCCGACGACCCAGAGAGCGUCAAGAUCAUUUUCAAGCUGCCCAACGAUUCCAGAGUGGAGCGGCGAUUCCACUUCACACAGUCAUUGACGGUGAUCCACGACUUCCUGUUCUCCUUGAAAGAAAGCCCUGAGAAGUUCCAGAUUGAGGCCAACUUCCCUCGCCGUGUCCUGCCCUGCCUCCCUACAGAGGAGUGGCCCAACCCCCCGACGCUGCAGGAGGCGGGACUCAGCCACACGGAAGUCCUCUUUGUGCAGGACCUCACGGACGAUUGACACUUCUUUUGGUUUUGUUUUUGUUUGUUUUGUUGUUUCGUUUUUUUUUUUUUUUCCAGAAGACACAAAACGGAAAGAGAAAUUCAUAUUAUUAUUAUAAUACAAUAUUUUUUUUAAAAGACUGCGUACAAACGAGGGAUCAGAGACCACAUGGCCCGUGCCAGCUGUGCUGUGUGUGCGCACUGGCGAGAGGACGCCUGCACACGGCCAUCCCCUGCACCGGGGGGCACACAGGGGGGAGCUGGUGUUGCCCCUCCGCUCUCCCUGGGGAGGAACAGGAAUGGCAGCUCUUGGUAAUUAUUGCUUUUAUUGAUGACAAUAAUAAUAAAACCCCAGCAACCCAACAUCUUGUGAAGAUUUGAUACUCUGCUGCUCCUGAGAGACACAAGACCGAGCACUGGAACGUGCUGGGAUUGGGGUGGGGGGAAAGGGCUGGACAGACUCUCUUCAGCUUCCCUCUGUGUAUAAAUACUGUUCUUUUAAUAUUUCUCUUGCUUUGUAAUGACCAAAGGAGAUUGGGGUUGACUAUAGUAUUAACUUUUUGAUAAAGAGCUGGUUCAAUUCUUACCCAUGUGGGGCCUUGCCCAGGGUUCUUAGCCUGCGUAGUGUAAUAAACUCUGCCUCUAGCA